AUGAAAAUUGAGGAAGUUAAAAGUACCGCUAAAACUCAAAGAAUAUCAGCGCAUAGUCACAUUAAGGGUCUUGGAUUAGACGAAAAUGGUGUACCAAUUCAAAUGGCAGCCGGUCUCGUGGGCCAAGAAUCGGCUAGAGAGGCAGCUGGUAUAGUAGUUGAUAUGAUAAGAAGUAAAAAAAUGGCUGGACGAGCAUUACUGCUAGCAGGCCCUCCAGGCACUGGGAAAACAGCUAUUGCUCUUGCUAUUGCUCAAGAACUUGGUAAUAAAGUGCCCUUUUGCCCAAUGGUAGGUAGUGAAGUUUACAGCACAGAGAUUAAAAAAACUGAAGUUUUGAUGGAGAACUUUCGUCGAGCUAUUGGUCUUCGUAUUCGUGAAACUAAAGAGGUAUUUGAAGGAGAGGUAACAGAACUCACACCGGUAGAAACUGAGAAUCCUGCUGGAGGGUAUGGUAAAACAGUGUCACAUGUAAUCAUUGGGCUAAAGACGGCAAAGGGUACAAAGCAAUUAAAGUUAGAUCCAAUUAUAUAUGAGUCAUUACAAAAAGAAAAGGUAGAAGUAGGUGAUGUUAUCUACAUUGAGGCAAAUUCUGGAGCUGUAAAAAGACAAGGGCGGAGUGACACAUUUGCAACAGAAUUCGACCUUGAAGCAGAAGAAUAUGUUCCCUUGCCAAAAGGUGAUGUACAUAAAAAGAAGGAGGUAGUUCAAGAUGUGACAUUACAUGAUUUAGAUUGUGCAAAUGCUCGGCCACAAGGUGGUCAUGAUAUUAUGUCUGUCAUGGGCCAACUCAUGAAACCAAAAAAGACUGAAAUUACAGAUAAACUAAGAAAAGAAAUUAACAAAGUAGUCAACAAAUACAUUGAUCAAGGUAUUGCUGAGUUAGUUCCAGGAGUGUUAUUUAUUGAUGAGGUGCACAUGUUGGACAUAGAAACUUUCACGUACCUGCACCGCGCUCUGGAGUCCGCUAUUGCACCCAUCGUCAUUUUCGCCACUAAUAGAGGUCGCUGCCAAAUAAGAGGGACCGAAGAUAUAAUUUCUCCACAUGGAAUACCACUAGAUCUGCUAGAUAGAUUGCUAAUUAUACGCACGUUGCCCUACAAUAAGGCAGAACUCUUGCAGAUUUUGAAAUUACGCGCUACCACCGAAGGGAUAGCAAUUGAAGAUGAAGCAUUGGCCGCUCUUGCUGAAAUAGGAGCUAAUAGCACUCUGAGGUACGCAGUACAACUCCUUACGCCCGCAGCGUUAACUGCCCGGACAGACGGCGCUCAGAGGAUCGCACCCGCCCAUAUACAAGCUGUCCAGACGCUGUUCCUCGACGCCAAGUCCUCUGCGCGUAUUUUAACGCAACACUCUGAUAAAUAUAUGAAGUAG